AUGUCUAAUAACGAGGAGAAAACUAAUAUGUCACAAGAAGAAGUUUUACAUCAAUUUGUUAAUCGAAUAUUUAACAAUGAUCAAUUUCGAGAAAAAAUCAUGAUGCCAAAUGUAAUGGGACGGCCAGUAGUAAAAUCGAUAGAAGAAAAAACUUUGGACUCAAUUACCGAAAGUUGUGCAUUUAAGUGCAUUCUAAGCGGUGUGAUGGGUUUUGCUCUUGGUGGAGCCAUUGGUCUUUUUACUUCCAGUGUAAAUCCACAAAUAAAACCACCGGGUCAGCAAGAAACAGUCAAAGAAAUUAUACGUGAAAUGAAAACUUCUUCUCUUGGUUACGCAAAAAACUUUGCUUUACUUGGAGCCGUCUUCUCAGGCAUUGAAUGCAUUGUAGAAACGUAUAGAGGUCAAUCCGACUGGAAAAACGGUACUUAUGCAGGUGGAAUAACUGGCGGAUUAAUAGGAUUUAGAGCUGGAGCCAAAGCAGGUUUACUCGGUGCAUUAGGUUUUGCUACAUUUUCCACCGCAAUUGAUUAUUAUAUGCGCAAUUCAUCAUAA